GGAGGUGAGAGGCGGCAAGUCCGCAGGAGGUGUGUGGGAGGGGAUGGCUGUUAGCCCGGGAGGGCCAAAGGGGAGGGGCCGUCAGGGGAAUGUGGGGAGAGGGGAGAUGCUGCGAACGUCCGGGAUCAAGGGGAGACGAGCCGAGGUGGGAGUGACCGGCGCUAGAGAGGAAGAGGGCCCUUGCGGAGUUAAGGAGUAAGGAACGGUAAUAGGAACCUGCAAGGGCUGCCGGGGAGGUGUAUAAUGGGUCUCUAGGGUCAGUAGGUCUGGUGUGUCCUGUUGUUCAGGGGAGGGUGGGGAAAAGCUAGGAGCAGAAAAGAAGGUAAGGACAGAGGUAAGGAGGCUGGAGCUGCAUGACAACAAUUAGCAAGCAUGUGUGAAAGGAAGGUGCGCACCACUGGAGUUGUGCUGGCCAGAAAGACAGGCCAGGGAUAGGGACCAGGUAAGGCAGCAGGAGAACUGGUGCUGCCCUGACCAGCAGGGGUCUAGUCCUAGCUGGCCAUGUGUUUUCCAUUGCAUUGCAUCCACUGGAAACCCCAUGCUCCCAGCGAGACUGGCUGCAGAAUAGCCAGUCUUUGGGACAAGUGGGUUUUUCAGACUUAGGGAGAAUCUGUGCAUGGAUGGAGUUUGUGGGGAAGUUGGGGGGAUUUUCAGAGGUAAUUAGAAAUUCCUCUUCUGCUCAUCAAUUAUCCAGUGAAAAGUGGUGAGGAAAGAAGUCAUCUUGAGUGUAGAGGAUAUGGGAAGGGAUGGUAGCAGAGGAGUUGGGAAACAAGAAGCUAGAACCUUGAGAACAUUGGCUGGUGUUUAUAUCUGUCCCAUAAAGAAACUGGAGCCACUUCUAAGGUGGCUUGUGGAACUUUGUUGGGAAUAGAGCAUGGCAUUUAUGGGGCCAUGCUUGAAAGUCCCCUUAUCGGGUUCGUGGCAGUGUAUUUGGUACUAAUCUAGCUCCCAUCUCUUAUCACUCCAGACACUGUUUUAUCAGUGUCCCUUGCCACUCCAUCAUUAGUGGAGAAAGUUGGGGUGGGGGAGGUUUAUGAAGGAAAACCAUCUUCUUUCUUUCCUUCCUUCCUUCUCCUCCCCAAGACAAAGAAAAAAGGGUACUACAGUAUUAUAGGGCAGAAGUUAGGCUAUGGCAAUAAGUUAGAGCCUGUGGAGUUUCUGGGAAGAAAUAUAGGACAGUUUGUAGCUUAAGUGGAUCCUUAUCACUAAUGUCUUGUUGUGAAUUCCAGUGUAAUAGGGAUCCAUCCUGUUCCCUGUGACAGUGAAGAGGGGCUGAGAUUCCAUAGAGCUCUGGGCAUCAAGCUGUGUUGGGGAGCAGCUAGCUGGAUCCUCCACAUCCUCUGAAGUUAUAUGUUCCAUCACUGGGGGGCUGUAACUGUUUGCUUGGAAUAUUUGCAGGUCAGUGGGGCCCCUCCUCAAAGGAGGAGAAUGGAUAGUUUUGCUGCUUCCAGAUGCACUGAUAAGACCCCAUACCCCCACCUGAGUCACUAUAGAUGAAGGCCUAUGAGCUGUCCACGCUGACAGGGACACAGGUGCUGUUACUGGUGGCCAGUGAGACAGGCCAUGUGUAUACCUUUGCCACACGCAAACUUCAGCCCAUGAUCACCAGUGAGACCGGCAAGGCACUGAUUCAGACCUGCCUCAACUCGCCAGACUCUCCACCCCGCUCAGACCCCACCACAGACCAGAGAAUGAGUGCCACCGGCUUUGAAGAGACAGAUCUCACCUACCAGGUGUCGGAGUCUGACAGCAGUGGGGAGACCAAGGACACACUGAAGCCGGCGUUCACAGUCACCAACCUGCCAGGUACCACCUCUACCAUCCAAACAGCACCUAGCACCUCUACCACCAUGCAAGUCAGCAGCGGUCCCUCUUUCCCCAUCACCAACUACCUGGCACCAGUAUCUGCUAGUGUCAGCCCCAGCGCUGUCAGCAGUGCCAACGGGACUGUGCUGAAGAGUACAGGCAGUGGCCCUGUCUCCUCUGGGGGCCUUAUGCAGCUGCCUACCAGCUUCACCCUCAUGCCUGGUGGGGCAGUGGCCCAGCAAGUCCCAGUGCAGGCCAUUCAGGUACACCAGGCCCCACAGCAAGCGUCUCCCUCUCGUGACAGCAGCACAGACCUCACGCAGACAUCCUCCAGCGGGACAGUGACGCUGCCCGCCACCAUCAUGACAUCAUCCGUGCCCACGACUGUAGGCGGCCACAUGAUGUACCCUAGCCCCCAUGCGGUGAUGUAUGCCCCCACCUCAGGCCUGGCUGAUGGCAGCCUCACCGUGUUGAAUGCCUUCUCUCAGGCACCAUCUACCAUGCAGGUGUCCCACAGUCAGGUCCAGGAACAAGCUGGCGUCCCCCAGGUGUUCCUGACAGCACCGUCUGGGACAGUGCAAAUCCCUGUUUCUGCAGUUCAGCUUCACCAGAUGGCUGUGAUAGGGCAGCAGGCCGGGAGCAGCAGCAACCUCACCGAGCUACAGGUGGUGAACCUGGAUGCCACCCACAGCACCAAGAGUGAAUGAUCCGCCCGCCUCCCUUGACAGAUGGCCCAAGGGACGGCACCACUUAUUUAUUGUUGCCUUUUCACGUUUUCUUUACACACAUGUUGAUGGGGCCGCAGGAGGGAGGCGGGAGGAGGAGCGGGCAGCCACAGGACUGAGCCCUCUCACUCCAGCCAAAGAAAUGGGCCUGCCUGCCCUCCACCCAUCCUCCUUCCUCCUCCCCUCUUUCUAGCUCCACCUCCCAUUUCAGUUGAUGGUGGGGCUGUCCUCCCUCCUCAGACUCCCCUUGCCAGCUUGGCUCAAUGUUUGCCAUAAGUAUUAGCUUACAUAGUGGGACCGUGCCCCACCUCCCACACACAGGCCUUCUGUGGGGCUGGGCACUGUGUCCUCCCCUGAAGAAGCAGUUGGGGCCCUCUCCCCUGCCUCCUUGCUGACCCCACAUCAGUCCUGUGUCUGCCACAGGCUGGGUCAAAAGAGCACUGCCCUUGUCCCUCAGGGAGCCAGCUGAGGAGAUGGGGGCUUUUCCCUCACGCCGCCACCCUCUGCCCCUUCAGCUCCUGAGUAGUUGGGCCUGUGCACUGGGCAGGUUCCUGGGACCACCUGCCCUGCCUUGCCAUUCCCCUUGGACCUCCAGGGGCUCCUGGGUUGGAGGGAACCACCAGUGUUCCCUUCUUCCCUUUGUCUUCCCCCCUCCUCCCAGCUGCUUUACUUAAAGUUGAUUUUGAACUUUUUAUUUGAGGAGACGAAGUGAAAACAAAUCUAUAAAUAUAUAUUUUUAAAAUAUUUAACUUUUUUUUAUGGCGUUUUUCUCGUCCCCCUCUCUGCCCAAACUCCCCUUCCCUGGGGAGCCCUUCGGCUCCCCAGAACUGGCUGGGCCCCUGGGGACAGAGCCACCCCAUGAGCUUGGGGUCCACCAGUGUGGGGGGGUGAGAUUCUGGGAUUGCCCGGUCCUGGGUUGUUUCCAGGAGAAAGCCGGGGGAGGGGCCCUCAGGCCAUACCCCAACAGGGGUGGGAGGGUGACCCACAGCUCUGGGCCUCUUUUUGCCCUUUAGGGCUGUUGUUAGGGAGAGGGAAGAGGGAAACCAAAUAUGGGGGUGGGGGUGGGAGGGUAUCAGGUAGAGGCAAGUGACUUCAUUUGUGCCACACAUAUGGGCAUUGCAGCCUUGUGCUCCCCCAGGCCUGCAGCUGCCUGGGGCCCAAGUUGCAGUGAGCAAGGUGGGGUCUGGGAGGGAAUGAAAGGCAGAAACGGGGGUCAGAAUAAGUGGGAGCAGCUCUUGGGCUGAGUGCAGUGAUAGGGGAGCCAGAAAUGGGCAGCUCUCCCAGGGAGUGAGCAGCUACUGUAACUUUUUUAAAUUAAGACAAAAAGCCUUGAAGAAAAUGACUUUAUUUUUCUAAGUGUAACCUCAGUAUUUAUGUAAUUUGUAUAGGGGCCAUGCCCCACCCCCUUUUCCCCCUUUGGGGUAGACUUGAGGGUGGGCCAGCAUAGGGGAAAGGGUCUUUUACCCUUGUCAGAGCAUACCUUCACCACCUAUAUCCAGAAUGGGAACCUUUUCAGAAAUAUGCUAGUGGGGGGGGUGUUAACCCCUAUCACUGCCUUCAGUAGGAACAAGCCUGCUUCUGUGAUUAGGUGAAGGGGUAGGGGAAGAUUUUACGCACAGCCUAGUCAUCAAGGGGAUGAUUUGCAGAUAGGUUUUGAGAACUCCCUAACCUUUAACCCUCAUUGCUGUCUUACCCCAGUUUGGGGUGCCAAGAUGGAAGUCACCUUUCUGGGCUUUCUCCUGGAGAUACCUGGGGCUGAUGGGUGACUUUCAAGACUGAGGCAUGGCAGAGGCCAGAGAGGGGGGGAGCUUGGGACUCAGGUCUGUAACUGCCCAGCCCCUUUUCUCUGCUCUUGUUUCACUCCACCACCAUUCACUCCCCACUCCCCUACCCAUGGGAGGAGACCUUGAUGAAUUCCUCCUCUCCUUCC